CCCCGCGCGACGCCCUCCAGGGGGGCGUGUCGGGCCGCGCGCCGAUAGUGCCUGUCGCGUCGCACGGAGGAGCGCGGCGCAGUGCGCUCAGUUGGGCUGCGCCGUGCGUGCGCGAUGCCACCGACCCCCCGGCCCCGAUGAUGGCGAUGGCCUCGGCGAGGGUCGUCGGCGUCCUGGUGCUGCUGGCCGGUGCCGCGGCGGGCUCGUGCGUGGCCCGCGAGGACCCCAUGCACACGCAGCAGCUCCGCCAGGCCCUGCUGUGCUCGUACGACCCGGUCGCCGGCCCGACCUCCAACUCUACCGGGCAGGCCCGAGUGCAGGUCACCCUGCUCCGCUCUCGCAUGGACGUGGACGAGGCCACCAACACCCUCACCCUGUUCGGCUACCUUGUCCUGAGCUGGAGGGACGAGUGGCUUAUGUGGGACCGCGCGGCCCAUCCCAACGUGACGCGCCUCUACGUGGACUCGGAGGAGAUAUGGACGCCAUCCAUCGCCUUGCUCGAAAACCCCACGUCAGUGCUAAAGAGCAGUCAGGCGCUGGUCGUCAACGGUACCGUGGUGUACAACCUCCUGGUGCCGCUCCGGGCGCCGUGCCUCAGCGACGCGUCCCGCUGGCCGUACGACCGGGUGGUGUGCAACAUGAGCAUCGUCAACCUCAGUCCGGGCACGGCCAAGCUCAACAAUUCCGCCAUGCAAAUCGGCUUGGUGCGCUGGCGGAGCCGGGGCUGGUCUCUAAAGGCCGUGUCCAUGAAGCCGUUCCGCUCGCCGGGCUUCCUGGACGGGCUGCUGGUGCGCGUGGAGGCCAAGCGCAGCGCAGCCAUGCACGAGGCGACCGCGGUGGUGCCCGUCGUGCUGCUGACGCCCCUCAUGCUCGCUUCCCUCUGGCUGCCCGCGCACACGCCGCAGCGGCCGCUGCUCCUCUGCUCCGUCAUCCUCCUGCAGAUCAUGCUGAGCGUGGUGGUGCCGCUGCACAUCAAGGUGGUGGGCGUGCGGCCACCCGACAUCCUGCUGCUGCUGCGCGACUCGCUGCUGGUGUCCGGGGCGGCGCUGUUGCAGUGGAUGCUGGCGCGCUGGCUGCUGCUGCGCGAGCCGGCGGCCUGGCCCUGGCCCCUCGGGGUACUCGCCGACCUGGCCGCGGACGGGGGCUCUCACCUCGGCGCCGUCCUCUGCUUGCCUCCGGUGAGCGGCCAGGACUGCGCGCAGUCCGGGGCCUCUGACCACAAGGCCAUCCGCAUGUCCGCCAUCACGGACAGGACCACCUUCGUGGUGCUGACUGUGCUUAGCGUCGCGCUCUCCGUGCGCCUCCUGCCAUGAGCAAUCCAGCCCAGCCACAUACUUGCCUAUUUCCGUGAUCUUCGAAAUGUAAUAAUAAUAUUAACAAUAGUAUCGACAAUAAUUGUGCUGAAUAUCUACGAUAUUGGGCCGCGUCACGACCGGGGCCGCACGGCUCCGUCCCUGCUGCAUGCACAAACCAGACCGGGCCUAAUUGUUUACAACAAUGCAGCCGUGUCCUCCUCAUAUCGUGCAUGUCGUUCCCAAUGCUGCAGGAACCCACAGGAAAAUAUGAACACAUUAAGACGAAAUCACAA